AUGCCUGUUGCGAAUGUGCUUGUCACGCAAUACAUCGUGAGGCAUCCCAAAGGCAACGGACCAUGCCCUCGCCACUGCGUUCAUUUCAUCACCUUCGGUCUCUCUUACGGAUCGGCGGAGGUGCACGGCUGCCCUCUCAUCCUUGAACUGGACUUGUCCAAACAUCGGCCGCCUCAAAAGCACCUCUGUGAAGAAUUCACUGGGCGGAACAGAGAGGUUGCCGAGAGCUUCUUUUCCGUCCCCGCGAACGAGGACGAGUUUCACCGGGCCUUGGGAGAGCUCGAGCAAAGGAUGAAGCGUGAACCGCGGGGAGGUUGCGUCGCGGUCCUGAUCAAUUGCACGGCGGGCAUGCAUAGGAGUGUGGCGAUGGCGGAAAGGCUGGCGGAGGCGGUGUGGAGCUGGGGUGGCUUCGGAGCCGAAUGUUUGCAUCUGGACCUCUGGAAGGGCAUGACGAUACAAGAGAAGACGGCGGCAAGGGUGGGCGACACGGGGAUGUGUGAAGGAAGACCAGCGCGAGGACAUCGACGCUCGAGGCACAGGGUACAAGCAACGUCAGAAACACGAGCGAGCGAAAAGAGGCCGAGAGGACCAGCCGCGACAGCGGAUGCGGUGCUACCCCCGGGAGAAGCACCUGUACCUCAGAAGACGGUAUCGUGGGCGACAGCGAGACCCGUGGGGGAACCGCACCUUCAGAAACGCGAAACCGCUGGCAGAUCGGCUGAUACAUGGGGAAAGGAUGAAAACCGAGGCAGAAGGCUUACUUCAUGA